UCUUGAAUAAAAUAUUCAGCGUUGCCCUUUAUCAGGUAUAACAAUUAAGUUUAACAUCCAGGCAUCCAUGAAAACAAAAUUAUUAACUUCAACGGAGUUAGAAGUUAACAGGAAGUUUGCUCGCUAGUUUACACCUAAAUAUGCCAUGUUCUGACUGAGGGAAUUCUGAAAAAAUUAAAACCUACAGGUCUGCUAUCACUUCCAUCAUAAAUGAUGGGCCAGAGAUUCAGCGCAAGAUUCAUCACGUCGUCAUUACAGAAUGACACCGGGUCAUUUGCAUACUAACAGGUGAUUGGAUGUUGGACGUCCCUCCUGCCCCGGGGCAGAGCCGCCCCCGUUGCCUAUCUGAAAAUUUGCGCGUCAAGCCAAUCUUUCUAUAUUUCGUCCAGCACUCUGUAAGAAUGAGGCUUCUUCAGCUGUUCGUAUUUGUGUCCUUCAUCUUUGCCUUUUGCAGUCAGGGACGGAUACCACAUGUGAGAGUCAUUUUAGGAGACCCGUUUACGCUUCCAGAAAACUGUCAGACCAAUGAAGAGGGUGAUCUGUACCGGCUUGAUCUUUACGGGACCCCCGGGCUGAAGGUGGCUGCCCACAAGCAAGACGUAUGGACACCGACCGAGAUUUACAAAGAGCGCAUCGGUAAAAACUCGUCGGUCGUGUUUAAUCACGCAGUUUAUACCGAUACCGGGGUUUAUGAGCUACGAUGCGGCGCUCGGAGGGUGGAUGUUCAGGUCAAAGUUGUCAUGUCCUCUGAAAGAUGCGUUAGCGAGGGAGAAGCGGUGAGCCUGCCCUGCUACUUUUCAACUACAGGGAAAGCGCGUUGGUCUGUGCGGUGGGAGAAAAACGGAGAAGACGUGCUUAAGCGGAAUUCAUGGGAAGACACCGGGGCUGCUGAGGGCAGACUGUCGCUGUCAGCGGACUGGGUCACACACGGAAACUUUUCUUUAACCUUGAAGCAAGCUCAGAAAGACGAUCAGGGCGAUUACUUCUGCUACAUCCAAGAUGAAGUCGUGAUUGCUGUGAGGCUGACGGUCACCAGCCAGAGGAGUCCGGCUCAGAGAAACAGCACCCGUCCUCCGUUUGUGCCUCCGACACCGAGAGCCUGUGAAGAAAGUAGAUUUCUGCCUACGGUGAUCAUUAUCAUUACAGCCGUGGUGUGUUUGCCUGUCGGCCUUUUGAUUGGCCGGUUAAUGACAUCAUGCUGCCCCAGAGGUGCCUCAUACGGGCACUGCGGUCGACCAAAUGAAGCCUAAGGACCAUGAGAAGCUCUCCUCUUCCUCCUCUUCAGCACAUCUGCCAGAAGCUGCCUCUCCUGCACAAUGCCAGCUUUUAUGAAUGCGCUUUAGUGUUUAGUGUGCACUUCAAUAAUGCCAACGGUAGUCACAAAUGAUAACAAUGACCAUUCACAUAUGAUUUUAUGCCUAUAUUUGUAUAUAUAUUUUCUAAAUAAAUAAAAAUCUCAUUGAGAUUCAAAUCAGUUUCAACAGAGACCAUCUGUACUAUCAUGGGCUUC